AUGGAUAAUCCAGAGAAGCAAGAUAGUAGAAUCGCAUCUUUGAAUCUAAUAUUACAUGACGGUCUCAUACGAGUACAUGGGAGAGUGAGACGGGAGAAUCUCCAAGAAUAUCCGGUUAUUCUACCCAGCAAAAAUCACGUGACUACGCUAAUAGUUAGACAUUACCACAGCAUCAAUGGUCACGUUGGAACUCAGCAGGUGCUUGCAGCUACGCGGGAAAAGUAUUGGAUACUACAUGGCUCCAGUUCGGUAAAAAAGACAAUAGGGAAUUGUUUUAUAUGCAGACGACAACACAGUCCAUUACUGACACAACAGAUGGCACCACUUGCUUCAGAACAAACCACUCCAGACAAACCACCAUUUACCUACACAGGCGUACAUUACUUCGGUCCACUGUUAGUUAAGUCGGGACGUUCACUUACGAAGAGAUAUGGUUGUCUAUUUACUUGUUUAGCAACCAGAGCAGUUCACAUUGAAAUUGCCUAUAGUCUGACAACAGAUUCAUUUAUCACAGCCUUUCAGCGUUUCACCAGCCGACGUGGGAUUCCUGAAAAGGUAUUCAGCGACAACGGAUCGAAUCUUGUAAGCGGUGACAGAGAACUUAAACAAUCAAUACAAGAAUGGAACCAGUCAAAAAUAGGACAAUACAUGGUUCAACAUGAAAUUGAAUGGCACUUCAACCCUCCAUACGCCAGCCAAAGGGGCGGUGCUUGGGAGAGACUGAUUCGGUCAACACGUUCUAUUUUAAAGGCCAUCGCUGGAGAGCAACUACUCACAGAAGAAAAACUGGUGACGGAAAUGGCGGAAGCUGAGAGAAUAAUGAAUGAUCGACCGAUAACACAAGUGAGUAAUGAUCCAAAUGAUCCUAUGGCACUUACACCUAACAUGUUACUAUUGUUUAAAGCCAAUUCAAGCAUGCCUAGAGGAAAUUUCAAGAAAACUGAUACGUACUCUAAACGAUGGUGGAGACAAUACAAUACUUGUCCGAUGUAUUCUGGCGAAGAUGGAUUCGUGAGUACUUGCCUAAACUCCAGUUACGUCAGAAAUGGCAUAGAGUGA